GCCGCCCGAACGCACUCCGCGCCACCCGCUCAGUUAGUCCGUCGAUAGUCCGUCGUCCUGUCGCCGCGCCGCCGCCACCGCGGGCGCCACCUGAAGGAGCUGCCGCCGCGGAACCCGAGCGGACUGGAUACGACCCUGCCACCCGAGGCCGCCCAGGGCCCAGCAGCCGCCCGCAGAGGCGCCGAGCAACUUCGGUUGGCCAGCACGUUGACGGAGUUGCCUUUUGACAUAGCUCCCACCAUGGCCGGCUGGUAGGACCACCGUCCCAUGCCCAGAAGCCAGUUCAGAAUGACUGAAGAAGCAUGCCGAACACGGAGUCAGAAACGAGCGCUUGACCGGGACCCAGCAGAGGACGAUGUGGAGAGCAAGAAAAUAAAAAUGGAGAGAGGAGUGUUGGCUUCAGAGUUAAACGCUGAUGGAGACAUGAGAGUGACGCCUGAGCCGGGAGCAGGCCCAGCCCAAGGGUUGCUGAGAGGUGCAGAGGCGAUGGCCAUGGGCAGAGGCGAAGGGCAGGUGGGCGAUGGGCCCGUGGACAUGCGAACCACACACAGUGACAUGAAGUCCGAGAGGAGAGCCCCUUCGCCCGACGUGAUCGUACUCUCUGACAACGAGCAGCCUGCAAGCCCGAGGGUGAAUGGGCUGACCGAGGAUGCCUUGAAGGAGACCAGCACUGAGGCCCUCAUGAAAAGCAGUCCUGAAGAACGAGAAAGGAUGAUUAAGCAACUAAAAGAAGAGUUAAGAUUAGAAGAAGCAAAACUCGUUUUAUUGAAAAAGUUGCGGCAGAGUCAAAUACAAAAGGAAACUACCACCCAGAAGCCUGCAGGCUCCACUGGGAGCUCUGUGACCACCCCUCCCCCGCUUGUACGGGGCACCCAGAACAUUCCUUCCGGCAAGCCAUCACUUCAGACCUCUUCAACUCGGAUGCCUGGCAGUGUCAUCCCACCACCCCUGGUCCGUGGCGGGCAGCAGACGUCCUCGAAGUUAGGGACACAGGCGAGCUCACAGGUCGUCAUGCCCCCACUCGUCAGGGGGGCCCAGCAGAUCCACAACAUCAGACAACAUUCCAGCACAGGGCCACCACCGCUCCUCCUGGCUCCCCGGGCAUCUGUGCCCAGUGUGCAAAUUCAGGGACAGAGGAUCAUCCAGCAGGGCCUCAUCCGUGUCACCAACGUCCCCAACACUAGUCUGCUCGUCAACAUCCCACAGCCCUCCGCAGCAUCGCUGAAAGGAACGACAGCCACUUCUGCUCAGGCCAACUCCACCCCCACCAGCGUGGCCUCCGUGGUCACCUCUGCUGAUUCUCCAGCCAGUCGGCAGGCAGCCGCCAAGCUUGCACUGCGCAAACAGCUGGAGAAGACGCUGCUUGAAAUCCCCCCACCCAAGCCCCCCGCCCCUGAGAUGAACUUCCUACCCAGCGCUGCCAACAAUGAAUUCAUCUACCUGGUCGGCCUGGAGGAGGUGGUGCAGAACCUGCUGGAGACGCAAGCGGGCAGGAUGUCAGCUGCCGUUGUGCUGUCUCGAGAGCCCUACAUGUGUGCACAGUGCAAGACGGACUUCACGUGCCGCUGGCGGGAGGAGAAGGGUGGCGCCAUCAUGUGCGAGAACUGCAUGGCAUCCAACCAGAAGAAGGCACUCAAGGUGGAGCACACGAGCCGGCUGAAGGCUGCCUUCGUGAAGGCGCUACAGCAGGAGCAGGAGAUCGAGCAGCGCCUCCUACAGCAGGGCGCCGCCCCCACGCAGGCCAAGGCCGAGCCUGCUGCCGCCCCACACCCUGCACUGAAGCAGGUCAUAAAACCCCGGCGUAAGUUGGCGUUCCGCUCAGGAGAGGCCCGCGACUGGAGUAACGGGGCUGUGCUACAGGCCUCCAGCCAGCUGUCCCGGGGCUCGGCCACAACGCCUCGAGGCAUCCUGCACACGUUCAGCCAGUCACCCAAACUGCAGAAUGCAGCCUCGGCCACAGCCCUCGUUAGCAGGACCGGCAGACAUUCCGAGAGAGCCGUGAGCGCUGGCAAGGGCAACGCCACCUCCAACUGGAAGAAGGCGCCCCUGAGUACAGGCGGGGCCCUUGCAUUUGUCAGCCCGAGCUUGGCGGUGCACAAGACCUCCUCAGCUGUGGACCGCCAGCGGGAGUACCUCCUGGACAUGAUCCCGCCACGCUCCAUCCCCCAGUCGGCCACGUGGAAAUAGUGCGAGCCGGGCCCAGUGGAGAACAGGCUCCCUCCUCCCUCCCACCUGGCCCCACCACCCUCCACUCGGGAAGACACCCUGCUCCCCGAGAGGGCGAGUAAGCGCCGGCCGCGCUGCGGAAGUGAGAGUUCCGAUCUUGGCUGCAAAGUCUCAUCGACGUGGGGGGACCACUUCACAGGUGGACCAGGAUUAUUACUGGGGACCUUUCCCAUGGGCUUUCUUCCUUUCUUUGCCUUUAGUUUGCCCAACACCAGCAGAAAAGCGGACCUUGGGGGCUGGUUCUGCUCCUCGCCCUCUCCUUCGGCCCCCUGAAGGGCACAUGGACGGCUCACCCUAGACACUGUGACACGCUCGGGCAGUGGCGCCCGGGGCUUCUGAAGUUGAGCGGAGCAUUCUGUUUUGUUUUUGCUUUUCCCUCUGUCUUAGCCUCCUAAUCUUUGACUGCCUUCCUUCAUGGCAAUCUCUAGGUUGACAGAUUAUUUUUAAUCACCUCACGAUGAUGGAGUUUAAUGUAAACUGUGCAGACCUUCCCUGCCAAGCACGGCCCCCAUGCCCUGGAGGGUGGGCCUCUGACCACCCAGCCCUUGCUCCAGCAGAAGGCCUCUGCUGCUGCUCGUCCCGGAGACCCCCGACCUUCCACACUUAAGCAGAACAACAAACUGCAACCCGGACCCAGCCAGAGAGCCGUCAACAGAGUAGGGAGGAGGGAAUCGGCAGCAACAUCCAGAGCCUGAGCGGGAAGUUGGAGGGGCUGGGCUGGCUGUUGUGUUUUUUUGUUGUGGUGGUUUAUUUUAUUAAAUUCUUUUCUUUUC